AUGAGUUAUAGAUUCUACUGUACACAAAAAAUAUCUAGGUCUCAGUACCUAAGAAGUUACCUGAACUUUGUCCUUAACCUAUAUCUACUCUAGAUAAAGUAAGAUAAAUCAGUUUAGUCCUUAACUAGUUACCAACGGACUACUAUCAUUUUAAUAUUUUAUAGACUGACUAAAAUAUUACCAUGGCAACUCAGGUUCUUGAAUAUCGGCUUGAAGUUGAUGAGAGCAACUUUAAAGCAGAAUGUUAUUUUCCUGGAAUGACAUAUGAUGACUUUGACAGAGCAGGGGGUGUGAGCCCAUGGAAAAUUUGCCGAAUGUUUGAAGCAGGAAGAAUUGUGCCAUUUAUUCAAGGCAACUUUUUAGACUUUAACAAGCUCCGUUCCAGCAGCUUUGGUUUUUCUUUAAUCGGAGGCGAUUACUAUUUUGAUUCAUGUUUAUGGGAGGUUGCAAGGAGGUUUCAUUAUUUCCCAUAUAAAAUAACGCUAGAACUCAUUAAUGUUGGCCAAUCUUCCAUAACCAUCCGUGAAGUCCUGGUCAAUCUUCUAGACAACAAGGAGAUAGCAACAUUUUAUGGAAAAAUUGUGUAUGUUGAUAAAAUGACAAAACGCUCUCAAGUUUUGCCGCAUUGGCAUAGAUUGAAAUACCAGAAAGCUGAGUCUGAUGAUAAAGUGCGGUUUGAUUCAUCCUUGAAAAGUGCACCUGAUAAUGCAUAUAGGGUUAAGCGCUCAAUAGCUGCAAGUGACACUGAUUUUAAUGGACACACAAACCAGGCUAGUUAUGUCAGAUUUGCUUUGGAUGCCGCAGAGUGUGCCAGAAAAGCUCAGUGCCUAAGCCAAUUCAAAAGUGACAUUUGUCAGUAUCCCGUUCUGAAAAUGUGCACCUCAUACCGUGGUGAAACUCUACUAAAUGAUGAAAUUACCACCUCUGUGUGGCAAGAUAAUAAUACUCCUGCAGUGCUCAACUUCACUAUUCAUAAAGAUAAUACUUUAUGCUUCACUGCAUCCGUCACAUUUAAGCCAGCCCCAUGUUCAAAGCUCUGAAGAUAAAUAUUUAGCUAUGUUCAUUUAAAUUGGUUUUUAAGUCUGUUAGAGAAAGCUUUAAAACAAGCUAACAAACAUACUUUGUAGAGAAUUGUAUUUUAAGAAAAGUACUACUCCGAUAUUGUUACAGCAUUUUUAGGCCUAGACUUGACUUAUUUCUAUUUGAAAUAACAGGUUGAUCUUUAGGCUGUCAUAUAGUCAGUUUAUUUUACUUUUAACCCAGAUUUUUAACAUCUCUUUUUCAUCAUAGUGUUGUUUAAAAGUUAUUCAGGAGGCUGAUUUCUUUUAAGUUUAUUAUCCUUAGACAUAAAUAAAACAAAAUAAUUAUUUAUUUAUUAAUUAUUCAUUUAUAGUGAUAUUUUUUUUCCUUCGCUACUUAAUUUUUCCUUCAUUUCCCAGUUUUCUUCACUUAAGAAAAUUGAAAUCUCUAAUAGAAAUUGUAAUGUAUUAGUAUUAAAUGAAGCAUUUCUCUUUCACAAUCAGGAUUAUAUAUGACAUGUUGUAAUCAAAAGAGAUUUUUGUACACUGGUCAUCAUAUUUGUUGUCCUGUUCAACUUUAUUUAUUACAGGAAAAUCAUGGUUUAAAAUGAUUUCCUAUUAUGACGCAGAAGUGUUUAAACUUUGUGCCGAUGAUUUUCACUGUUGAAUUUUUUUUACAAGAAUUUUAAAUAAAAGAUUUUGUCACAAGAG